AUGUCGGGUCCAGCAAGCGCCGAAAUGGCAGGAGCUGCAUGGAAAAAAAAUCUGUCUGCGACUCUGAUUUGUCCCGAAUGCCAGGAUAAUCCCCCCAACCUGGAGUUUCCGGAUUCCCACGAGACCGUAUGUGGAACCUGUGGCUUGGUCCUUGCAGACCGCGAAAUCGAUAUGCACUCUGAGUGGAGAACCUUUUCGAACGAUGACCAGAACAACGGCGACCCGUCCCGUGUUGGAGAAGCCCCCAGUGAGCUGCACGGCCAGCCGCUCGAAACUUCAAUUGCUAGUGGAGCUUCUGGUCGAGCUCGCGAUCUCUACCGGGCCCAGAACAAGCAGUCCAACGAAAAGUCCAACAAGGCUUUGUUAGCGGCUUACAAAGAGAUUGGUAGUCUGUGUGAUGGUUUCGGUAUCCAGAAGAAUGUUGCCGAUACUGCCAAGUAUCUCUUCAAGAUCGUGGACGAUGCUAAGGCGUUCAAGGGAAAAUCCCAGGAUGUGAUUAUCGCUGGUUGUAUUUUCAUUGCUUGCCGCCAGUGCAAAGUUCCUCGUACCUUCACCGAGAUCUUCGCUGUGACCAAGGUUAGUCGCAAGGAAAUUGGCAGAAUCUACAAGGCUCUCGAGAAGUUCUUUACUGCUCAGAACGUCGAGCGAAAUGCCGCCGUUGUGUCCAACGGCGGUGUUGUCGACCAAAGUGAUAACUACACCGCUACCACCUCGACGAAGCCCAGCGAUCUCUGCAGUCGUUUCUGCAACUUGCUCGAUCUCCCAUACCAGGUUACCAGCGUGUCCUCUUCGCUGUCUGACCGCGUUACAUCCGACGGUGACCUUGCUGGACGUUCACCACUGUCUAUCGUGGCUGCCUGCAUCUACAUGGCAUCAUACUUGAUGGGCCAUGGCAAGUCAGCGAAGGAGGUUUCAGCAGUCGCUCACGUCUCUGAUGGAACAAUCCGUGGCGCUUACAAGCAACUUUAUGCCGAGCGUGAGCGUCUGAUUAACCCAGAAUGGGUCAAGGAUGGCAAGGGUGACCUGGCCAAUCUGCCCGUCAGCUAA